GGGGAAUAAUAAAAAUAUAAAUUAGGAAGGGGGAGAUCACUCUUCCCGCUAACCAUGAUGUGAAAAAUUACCAAUUGCACCAAAUGCAUGGAAAUAAAUAAAGUAAUAAAUUGAUAAAAAUGGAAAAUGAAUUGCAGAGAUAUUAAUAAAACUUGCAACUAGCAAAAAAAACUUUUAAGACAAAAAAACGUAUAUUUCUCCAAAAAAGCCGAUCCUUGCAUGUCACAACCAGGUUAAAAAAAACAGUUAAAAGACAUCACGCAUUAUUUAUAAAGGCGUUCACAUCAGUGUCUAUAUUUAAACCGUGAGGUGUGUACCAUUUUAAUCAGUAUAUCCAUUCCAUUUCAGACUUGGAUAUCUCCCUCACCAGGGAGCUUCUUCUCCAAUUGGGUUUAAACUUGUCAAUCCCCAAAAACAGGGUCCCGGAUGGAUCUCGGUUAUGUUCUAGGAGAUAAUGCUUUGACACUGAGUGAUUCUUAAACCCGGCCUUGUAUGUGAGGAAUUUGGCAAAAGCUAAAGACCGAACAAACAUUUUAGACGAAGAGUGGAAGAAACUAAGAGUGCAACAUGUUCAGAUGAUGAUGCCUUCAAGUGGUCACCCAUUUCUAAAAAAGUGCACUGUAGAAAGUAGCUUUCCUGGAUUUGCUGUUCAGACUGUAUUCACAAGGUCUCUGAACACUGUGGCACUUGUUCCCAUUAUGUACUCUUGGUCACCCCUACAGCAAAAUUUCAUGGUGGAGGAUGAAACUGUCCUGUGUAACAUCCCCUACAUGGGAGAUGAUGCCAAAGAGGAGGAUGAAACCUUCAUUGAAGAGCUCAUCAAUAACUAUGACGGGAAGGUGCAUGGUGAAGAAGACAUGGAUUCGACAUCUACGAUUACAUCAAGUCCAAGCUUACGUGAUCGAGAACGUAUGUUUGGGUGCGGGCAUUCUUUUUCUACAGGACCCAACAACUCGGCUAAAACAGGUGCCGGUGUCUUAGAUGAUGCAAUCUUCUUGGAAUUGGUAGACGCUCUUCUUCAAUAUGCAGAUGAGGGGGAAACGGUGCAUGCUGACCCAGUGGCAAACAAGGGAGAGGAGGUGAAAACAGAUGGGCCCAUGACCAGAAAGAGGAAGAGAAUAGCAGAGGAGGGUGAAUCCCAGACAAACCUUGGAAGCCACCCUGCAUUAAAGGGUCAGGCAGAGUGCAGAGCAGAGGGAGAAGAGAAGACCGUGGCUCAAAGCAAAACACGAGGAAAUAAGGAAAUCGGUAAAGGCCAUCUUCCCAGUGAUCUGAUUUUUAGCGCAAUAUCGGCUGUGUUUCCAGACAGAGGCUUUCCAGAGGAAGUCAAGGAGAGGUACAAGGAACUGACUGCUGCUUCAGACCCCAACGCUCUUCCACCACAGUGUACCCCUAAUAUCGAUGGCCGUUGUGCCAAAUCUGUACCGAGAGAGCAAUCUCUUCACUCUUUCCACACGCUCUUCUGUCGCCGCUGUUUUAAAUACGAUUGUUUCCUGCACCCAUUUCAUGCAAGUCCUAAUGUGUGCAGAAGACGAAGUCGAGAAAUCAAGAUUGAGACUGAACCAUGUGGAAACUACUGCUUCUUGUGGCUGGAUGGUGCCAAAGAGUAUGCUGUAAUGAACAAUCCAAGAUUGAGGUGCUUGGGAAAACGUCGAAGGAAAAAUCCAACCAAUGCUACUUCCAGCUCUGGUGCUUCCACUUCUGGCUUGGCAGAGGCCAAAGAAGGCGAUAGUGAUCGAGACACUGGAAAUGAAUGUGCUUCCAGUUCUUCCGAGGGUAAUUCACGUUGCCAAACACCCACUAGGCAGAGGCAGGGAAGUGGGAGUGGAGAACUGCCAGAUGUUUCAGAGCCCAGUGAGCCAGUGGAGUGGUCUGGAGCUGAGGAAUCUCUAUUUCGGGUUUUCCAUGGAACUUACUUCAACAAUUUCUGCUCUAUUGCUAAACUCAUGGGUACCAAGACAUGCAAGCAGGUUUUUCAGUUUGCUGUUAAAGAUUCACUCAUUCUGAAAGUGCCUGCCAAAGAGCUAAUGAGCACCGCUCAGAAGAAGAAACGGAAACACAGAUUGUGGGCUGCACAUUGCAGAAAGAUUCAGCUUAAAAAAGACAAUUCAGCCAAUCAGGUGUACAACUACCAGCCCUGUGACCAUCCAGAUCAUCAUUGUGAUAGCACUUGUCCAUGCAUCAUGACACAGAACUUUUGUGAAAAAUUUUGUCAGUGCAGUCCUGACUGUCAAAACCGCUUCCCUGGAUGCAGAUGUAAGACACAGUGUAAUACCAAACAAUGUCCAUGUUAUCUGGCUGUCCGUGAGUGUGACCCUGAUCUAUGCCUUACUUGUGGUGCCUCUGAGCACUGGGACUCCAAGAUUGUGUCCUGCAAGAACUGCAGUAUCCAGCGAGGCCUAAAGAAGCACUUGCUGUUAGCGCCCUCUGAUGUAGCUGGCUAUGGCACCUUUAUCAAAGAGUCAGUUCAGAAGAAUGAAUUCAUUUCUGAGUACUGUGGUGAGCUGAUUUCCCAGGAUGAAGCAGAUCGAAGAGGGAAGGUCUAUGAUAAAUACAUGUCAAGUUUUCUGUUCAAUCUUAAUAAUGAUUUUGUUGUGGAUGCCACAAGAAAAGGGAAUAAAAUCCGUUUUGCGAAUCAUUCUGUAAAUCCUAACUGUUACGCUAAAGUGGUCAUGGUAAAUGGAGAUCAUCGGAUUGGUAUAUUUGCCAAUCGAGCAAUUCAGGCUGGGGAAGAAUUGUUCUUUGAUUACAGAUACAGCCAGGCAGAUGCUCUGAAGUAUGUGGGUAUAGAACGAGAAACGGACGUUGUCUAAUAUCCUUCCAACACUUUUUUUUGCAUUGUGUAACCAUUUUAACCUUUUUCUCUGGCACUCAUAAUCUCUGUGUUUGUUCUGACACUUCAUUGUGAAUGUAUUUGUGAGACAAAGCUACAGUCAAACUGGACUUUGCAUGACCCUCUGUAGUCAUUCCGUUGGUAACUUGAAGUCUGGAAAUUCUGUGCUCCAGAUUUGGGCACUUUGUUUUCAAACACAUGUGAUUUCAAGCCAUAAAAGGUCUAAUUGUCACCAGUUCUUCUUUCAAGGUGUUAUGUGCAGUGGUGGUAAACUUAUGUGCUGUUUGUAAUUGUUCCCAACCUAGAUACUGACAUGAAACUUAUGACCCUUUUAAAGAGAUUUUCUAAACUGAA